AUUACGUGUCACCGAAAGUGGUUGCGUGUUCCGCUUUAUUCUGGACCCGUUUCCCCUGUAGCUGUGAGUACAGCCUGCGGCGUGGACUCGGUGGCUGUGAGGGUGUUGUUGGAUUACUUUCGACCGGCAUUGCCUCUGGACCCGAGUGGCCUCCUGCUGGGAACCUGCCCUCCAUCCAGCAGCAGCGCCGGUAAUAACAUGGUGGUGUUUCAGUACGGCCUGCUGGACUGCCGCUUUAUGCGCAUGGUUACUGCCAACCUUACCAGUUACAUGAAUGUGCUGACCUACAAGCCCACCCAGGGUGGCUUCUACCAGACUCCCUUCAAUCAGGCUAUUGUGUGCACCUAUACCAGACCUGCUGGCUGGACUCCUCCAGUGUAUAACCCUGCACUCGGGGAUGCCUCUGGGUUUGGGAAGCUGGAGUUUAGCAUGGGGAUUAUGAAUGAUGACUUCUCAGCCCCACGCACCUCCAGUCUAUUCUUCCUGGGGUCCCCCAUCUUCAUUGCAGCUGCAGUGAAGCAGCAAUUCCACAUGCCGCUGAUGGUCUACAUGGAAGCGUGUGUUGCUGCAAGCACUCCAGAGCUGAGCCCUUCAAGCCAGACCUACCCGCUCAUCACCAACCAUGGAUGCUUUGUAGAUGGACAGACUGGUAACUCCAGGUUUCUGCCCCGAGUCCAGACCUCCGAGAUCCGUCUGGUUGUCCAGGCUUUCAAGUUUACACAACGGAAUACAGAUGUCUACAUCCAUUGCUGGCUACUGGCCUGGGACCCUGCCCAGCUCGGUGACCCCACCAAGAAAGCCUGUUCAUUCAACCAGAGAACCAGGAGCUGGGAGCUCCUGGAUAACCCUGGUCGGAGCUCUGUGUGCAGCUGCUGUACCUCCAACUGCAGUCUGAGGAAGAGGAGGGACACAGCUGAGGAGGGGCUGAGACACACUGCAGUGCUUGGACCCCUGAGGAUCCUUCCUGAAGAGCUGUCUGCUGGAAGCGAGGAAUUUUACCUGAGGAGCCCUGCUCUGUCACUGGAGGAGCCCCAGCAGGCUCUGGCCUGGCUGCCUGUCCUGGCUGCUCCCCUGCUGCUUAUGGCUCUUCUGGGAUCCCUGUCUCUGGCUAUUAUGUGCGUGUGGCAUCGUCCCACACUCUGCUCCAAGUCCAACAGUGAGCUCCUCAUUCCUGACCCCACUGAAAUGCACACGGCAGUCGGCGUGGUUUCCAGCAGCUCACCGGCACAAUUCUAA